GAAAGACGGGCGCAGAGUAGUUCUCCUGCGAAACACCUGUGCGGAAAUGAACUUUAGCAGUUUCUUGCUUAUACCUGAAACCAAUCAAGGUUCCCGUCUGACUACAACAUUGUGUUGGAUUUGAGGGUCAUCGAAAACUUUUUAAAUAAAAACCUUGUUCGUUUAGUGGUCUCCCUCAUUUCUCUCUUCUAUCCUCUUUUCUCCUACUCUUCUACUUUUUUAAAACACGGCAGGGCCUGAAAUUUUUCUUUUUCUUUUUUUUGCAAGUUUUUUUUUCCUUCUCCACAAUUAUGGUGUCCCUUCUUACACCACCUCCCAGCCCUGAGCUGUCAUGUCAAAAGGCUUACACUUCAGAGGGAAUCUUUCAAUUGCCGGAAUCUGUACUAGUGCAGAUCUUUCUGUUAUUGCCACUGGAGGAUAGACUUCAAGUCGCAAGGACAUGUAAAUCUUGGCAUACAAUAGCAUCGGAUCCUUACCUUUAUAGAGAAGUCCACCUUGAGGGGCUGGAAAUGCGCGAUUUGGUGACCGAACUUCGCCGGCUAUCAAAAAUCGCAACCAAAGUUCGCAGUAUUUCGCUUCAUUCCUGCUACUCGCACUUUAUCCAGGCCACUGUGGUACCCGUCACUUUCGCGUCCAGCUCACCCAACUUGCCAACUCUCUAUGCCCACAUCACUACUCUGCAACCAGCUCGCCGUAAACAAGAGUAUGAGAGGCUGCAAUUCAAGCUACACGAGCAUUUCUCAGAUGCUCUUCUGAAUCUGAUGGACAAGAACCAAAACACCUUGACCGAAUUGUCAAUUCAGAACUGUAAUAUGGACCUCGAAAUGACCGAUCUCGUUUUUGGAAUCGUUCGCUACGGAUCUAGGCUUGAAACGUUUAACUACAUGGAUAACCGAGACAAUACCCUCAACUCGCCCGACCUACUGACAGCUUUGGUCGCUGCUUGCCCCAACAUGCGACAAUUCAAAGGUUAUCGCUUAGGCAUGGACGAAAGAGUGAUCCUCAGUAUCGCUAAGCAUUGGAAGAAAUUAGAAUCAUUAUCUUUAUCCUUUACAAACUUGAAACCUCAAGUUCUAUGGAAGCUUUUGACUUCAUGCACAUCGCUGCAGGAUUUGGAAAUCAUGGAUUUGGCCUGCUUCAACAAUCAUACCCUAGCUCAGUUCGUGAACGACAUGUGCACAGAAGCCGACGACAAGAGCAUGAAAUCGCGUUUUCAGCCGUACAAGAACGCAUACCGCAGUAAUUGGCAUGACAAACCUUGUAGGCAAGCCCUUGGCCCCAAAUUGAGGUCGUUACGUAUUGCUAAAUACACAACAUCGCCAAUCACCCUGCCAGGUUUUGAAAAUAUCCUGGCGCUCUUUCCCAAUCUCAAAAUUUUGCAGUACGAAACUAAUUAUACAACAUUUGAUAAUCUCUACGAGGGAGUAACAACUCACUUAUUUGAGUUGGAGAAACAAGCAAUUGAACAACUUUUUGAUCGUCAUGGCAAAGUCUCGUUACACGGUAAAUGGCGUAUGCCGGUUACUACGGAACAACGCUUGAUGGCUGGAAUAUCAAGCUUGACACAUUGACUGCCCCCAUAUAUAGUCUUAUGAUAAUAGGAUACCCGUAACCCAAUAUAAAUAUACAUAUAUAGAUAUCGCUUUCUAAAAAG